AUGUAUGAUGUUGCUUGGCCAAGACACCAGCCAAUCGCGUUAAACUAUUGGAACUGGGAUGAAAUAGAGAAACUUGAAUUGGAACAUGUAGCAGCCUUGAGGUCGAUUAUUUGGUUGUGGUGUGGAGGCAGCAAUGGACUGGAAGCUAGCAGAAAAGACGGUAGUGAAGAAAAACCUGUUGAAAUUUUCCACAUCAUUGAACGUUUUUGUUUCGGUCGUCGUAGGCUGCACUUGUUUGGUAGAGAUACAUCAGUCAGACCAGGCUGGUUAACAAUAGGCCCCAAGCUAACCAGUACAAAUUACGACAGGGAAUCAUAUAAUGCAAACUUUGUGAAGAAUCCGGUAGUCACUCGACUGGUUGCACUGAAGAGAUAUCAAAGGUUACGCCCCAAGUCACCACCUCGCAAAAUUGGACAUCAAAUGUAG